CAAUAAAUCUCCUCUCUGCUGAACUCCCAAAGGGAGUGUGUGUAUUUCCUCCUGUUCUUUAUCAGAGCCCCCGAAAUAAGUAGGAAUGGGCAGUGGCUGUUCACAUUCAGCACACCUUUUCCAUUUGCUAAUAAGGUCCUGCCAGACUGGAAGGGAGUUGUCCCUGGCUGACUCUGGAGUGAGAAGCCACUGCGACGAUCCACGGGCACCAUGAAACUGCUUCAAGUGACCAUCCUUUGUCUUCUGUCCAGUCUUUGUAGCAGUGACAACGACAUAGAUAAUCAACAUUUAAUCACUCCUGGACCACCAAAAUCGAUUUCUACAGCAGAAACAUUUGUACCAACAACAAAGCCGACAUCAUCACCAAAUCUUACAAAAUCAACAUCUCUCAUAGGAACAACCAACAUGGAAUCCUCACAAACAUUACCGCUGACAACACAUUCUUCACUUACCACUACAGCUAAAGGUGAAGGAGCCAAAACCAGUGGUGCCACGAAGAAUGAGUUCAACACCACGAAAGAAACAAUGACAGAUCAUCUAUUUUCAAAUGUUGUUUCAACAUCCCAAAGUUUUCAACACAAGACUGAGAAUCAGAAUUCAAUCAAAACAACAAAGAGACCAGUUACCUCUUCACAACCAGAUGUCUCACCUUCUGCAACCAGUAUAUCACCCUCAGUACCAACAGCAAUUAUAGGAAACAUCUCACAGUCUCAAGGCACUGAGAAUGCAAAAAAUGUAAGCUCUUCUUCAACCAGCCCCUCUUAUUCCAGUAUUAUUUUGCCUGUAGUUAUUGCUUUGAUUGUAAUAACACUUUCAGCAUUUGCUCUGGUGGGUUUGUAUCGAAUGUGCCGGAAGACAGACCCAGGCACACCAGAAAAUGGAAAUGAACAACCUCAGUCUGAUAAAGAGAGUGUGAAGCUUCUCACUGUUAAGACAAUUUCCCAUGAGUGUGGUGAGCACUCUGCACAAGGAAAAACCAAGAACUGACAGCUUGGUGAAACUUCCCUUCACCUGGGCAGUAAAUAUGCUUAAUCUUCAGCUUCAAUGCUCCGGGGGUAGAAAGAGACAAAGCCAUGUGGAAUUAAUCCUGAUUUCCAAUCCUGCUCGCCAGUCUGCACCAGUCACCUGUCCCAAAAAAGCGAUGCCCAGAUGACAUGCGAUAAUCUGGUAGAAUCAAAAAGAAUCUUGGGCCUCUCCUAUCCUUCGAGACAUGAAAAAGCACAUUACUACAUUUUACAGGAAUAUUCUCAGAAGAGUGAAUUUUAGGAAGGGCGUUUGUGAGCAGUUAAUUUGACAGCCCAGGCAAAUGGAUUUACUGAUGACAUGAACUUCGUUUGUGUUUAAAGUUUCCAGAGAUGACAGUUUUUAUUCAUGGGGGUCUUUCCUACUUCUUGGUGUUCUUAUAUUAUCUAAUGUUUGUAUUUAUUGUUUUCUACUAUAGUAAUGCAGAGAAAAUUUGCAAGUGUAUUAUUAAAUGUUAGGUAGAAAUCACAAUUUGCCACUUUGUACAUAAAGAUAUUUUAUUCAUAUUUUCAUGUUACUUUUAAUAAUUACUGUAUUCAACACACUAAAAAUAUCAUAAUAUGAAUGUGAAAAUGGUAGUGGUAUUGUCUUCCCAUAAUUAUGAAUAUUUGUAUUGAUUAUUAGUACAUGAGGACUCAGUAAUGAAAGGCAUCUGUAAUAAGUGAGAAAGGGACAAAGAAUUCACAUAUCAGACCCUGUUAGAGGGAAGUUAUACCAUUUCUUUGGUCUUUCCACUUGUAAUUCACACUGUGUGACAAGGAUAUAGGGCAUUUACGACACAUUGAACUGCAUUCAUUAAGAAGAUAACAAACAAGAUUAAGUUUUUUUUCCAUAAUUCUUUUGGUUAAUACUCUGUGCAUUUUUUAUCUUUAAAAAUGUAAUGAUUUGUUCCAGCAAUCGUUGUGAAAGCUCCAGUUUGUAGAAACCAGUACUUCAUGAAUACAGAACCAUGAUAUUAUUUUUCAGUGUAACCCUUUCCUGGAAAUACCACAGGCUUGUAGCUGCCACUCCACCCGGAGCACACUCGUCUGUUGAAAGCUGACUGAUCAACCUUGACCACUUCUUUGACACGUGCGAUCAAAAUGUCACGUUGGUUGAAGUUUUGUGAAAAGCUUUGAAACUAAUAAGCUGCCAGUGGCAGCUCUUUAACUUUUAUGAUUACCUAAGCUGAUUUCAAUGCUAAAAAAUCAUCUUAGUGAGGUGAGGGCAGUGUAGUGGAGACAGAAUGGUGUACAUAAAACUGCCUACUAAAAUUUCUUCCGUUGCAAUGUAUUUGAAAACUUUCAGCUUUAGGGAUUAUAUAGUCAUCUUCGUUUUAGCUUCAUGGUUGCUCGACUAUUUCUAAUCAAGGACAACAAGCAAGCACAUCUCUAUUUCUGAUUAGCGUCCCCUUCUGUUUCUUUGAGAAGAAAGAUGGGGACUUGGGGGGUGGGGUGGGAGGAGGGAAAGUAAGAGGGUAGAGAAAAUGGCCAGGAUUUCCAACACACACACUUUCCCUUGAGAGAUGCUUUGUCCAUGCAUAAGUCCAACUUAGAGGUCUUGUAAACGAGUGCAUCAGUGGCUAGAGCAUGCCAACCAUCGGGCAUUUGUCCUCCGAAGAAAAAUAUUCCAACAACCCUUAGCAUGCUUUACUGAGCUCCUCAGCAGACCCCUGUUACACGGAAUGUAUUGCAAAGAAACAAGCUCUUCUGCAAUUUAAAUGACUGCAAGUGAUAUUCCGGCUUUUGGAAAAAAAUGUUUUCUUGACCUUUCAUCAGUAUUGUUGGAAGGGUUUAUAACAAUCAGGAGGAGGGAAAGCUUUUUAAUAGUCAUGAAAGAAUGAAAUUCAUUCUGGUUCAAGAACUGUACAUAAAAAUAUGCUUUAUACUAACAAUUAUAACAUUAAAUCUUUAAAAAGUCAAAGGGCUAAGAGGACUGAGGAAUUUGCAGAGAUAUUCAUGGCAUUUUGUAGCAUCGUUCUCAGAGGUAAUGUCUUGAUUUUUAUAAAUCAACUUAAAUUUCUGUUGAAAUAGGGUAUUUUGUUAUCAAGACAAAAUUAUCAUCACUAAUUAAAUGUUUUUUUUAAUUAUUUGAUUUAGAUGAUCUACUUUUUAUGCCUGACUUGCCAUAAGCUUUUUAUUGUUAUAUAUUAGGCUGGUGCAAAAGUAAUUGCGGUUUAAAAGGUUAAAAAUAAUUGCAAAAACUGCAAUUACUUUUGCACCAACCUAAUAGUUCACAUGUCGCUGCAGCAAAAGAAUGGCUGUACUUAGAUCAAAGGCAAACUUUUCUAUGUGUUUGUUCUGCAUGACAAUAUGAAUAUAAUUUAAGUCUAUCAAUAGUCAAAACAUAAACAAAACCUAAUUAACUGGCACUGUUGUCAUCUGAGAGUCAGCUGAUAUUGUUGGCUGACACACUGGCUGUGAUCAGCCAGCAGAAAAGACUUCUAAAUUCCCCUUACUGAGUUAAAAUAUUCCAUUACACUUCUAACAAAUCUGUGUCUUAUUUCUUGUCGACCUGCCAUACUUAAGUUCAUGAGGAUCAACUCAGGACAUCAACGAAUCUUCAACAAUAAACCUGUUAUCUUUCCCUGA